GGAGGCCGGGAAGGCUACGAGCUCUUCGGUUCCGGCUUGGGAACGGGGAUGCGCGUGCGCAGUGCGUAGCCCUGGCCGGCGCGACUCUCCGGCGUUCCUCUUCGGGUCGCUUCUUCUUUCCUUUCGUGAGUGUCGUGGGCAGCGGCGUCCAGGUGGGCCGGUCGGCGAGGCGCACGCGAGUGAAGGGCACUGUGGAACCGAGAAGGACUCAGAGCAUGGCCGAAAACAGAGAGCCCCGUGGAGCCAUCGAGGCUGAGCUGGACCCUGUGGAGUACACCCUUCGGAAACGACUUCCUCACCGCCUGCCCCGGAGGCCCAAUGACAUUUAUGUCAACAUGAAGACUGAUUUUAAGGCCCAGCUAGCCCGCUGCCAAAAGCUGCUGGAUGGAGGCAGUAGGGGGCAGAGUGCAUGCACUGAGAUUUACAUUCAUGGCUUGGGUCUAGCCAUUAACCGCGCCAUCAACAUCGCCCUGCAGCUGCAGGCAGGCAGCUUUGGGUCCCUCCAGGUGGCUGCCAAUACUUCCACCGUGGAGCUGGUGGAUGAGCUGGAACCAGAGACUGACUCUCGAGAGCCACUGACCAGGAUCCGAAACAACUCGGCCAUCCACAUCCGGGUCUUCAGGGUCACGCCUAAGUAAUUGAAGCUGACACUCAUCCACCAGCUUCUUGGCGCACACACAUCCAGGCUCGUGUGGCUGAGGCUUCUACUGGUUCAUAUGGCUCUUGUUCUGGCAUGGACCUGUUCUCAGAGCCUUGUAAGAAAAAACAUGUUACCUCAGCCCAGAGGACUGUAGAUGGAGAGCCCAAGAAGUGAACCUUCCUUGUCCUGUACAAUAAAAGUAUCAAGUUGUGUUGGU